AUGAAAAAGAAAAAGAAGCAAUCGAAAAAACUUUUGCCAAAAAAUGUCUUUGAAAUCGUUGGUGAAAGUGGACAAAUAAUUGAACGAGUCGUUCCAAAUAGCACAAAGAAAGAAGUUGAUAAACCGACAGAAACUGAGCCAACGCCAACAUUUAGUGAACGCACGAAAAAACGACGAAGACGUGAAUGGGAUGCAAUGAACUAUGAACCAUUUGACAUAACACGUGGUCGUGAAUAUGAACGAGCAUUACAACGAGUUGCUACACGUGGUAUUGUUCAAUUGUUUAAUACAGUUCGAAAACAACAACAAACUUCAUCGUCAGCAACAAAAAAGAAACAAGAAAGUACAAUAAAUAAAGGUGAAUUUCUCGACAUGCUUAAAACAAUCGAUUCGGAUGAAGUCUCAUGCAAAAUUAUGAAGAAAAAUCAACCCAUGGUUGAAUCAACAACUAAACCAGGGCCAGUCAGAUGGAGCGUCUUCCAAGAUGAUUUGAUGGCUAGUGUUAAAGAUAAUGAUGAUGAUGAUGAUGAUGAAGAUGACGAUUAA